GUUUACAACGCUUGUUACCGUGGUAACGUAUUUUGAUUCUGCCAUUUAAAGCAUCAUUUCUGCAGGUAGUAAGGUAAUGAUGACCAUGGACAAUGUAUGGCGGAUAACCUUAAUUAGUUUCAUAUUACCUUGUGGGAUUUGGACAGCCGAUUAUGGUGAAUCCGGGCCGUUAUCAUUCAUGUGUCCUGGAAUGUCUGGAAUUGUAUCUCUGGAGCAUGGUACCAAUAUACAUGAUGUCUGUGGACCAGAAUUUGAACUGAUGUUUAAUGGAAGCCAUACCAGUCUACACAAUGCACAUCUAACUUUUCAUUUCUCCAGUUUCCCGAAUACUAUGCAUGCUGUACCACUUCAUCAUAAUCCAUAUAAUAUGGGAGCUGUGCAUACAGAAUGGUCCUUAUCAUCAAGUAUUGACAUUGACCAAGCAGAAAUACCAUGCGGAGCAGGAUACAUACUUGCUGUUAUUGAUGACAUAACAAAUGGAAUGACAUAUGAAGCAGCACAGAGAGGUGUAAUGGUAUGCGAUUUUUCAGACAUUGAUGUCGAACUUGAAGUUGAAAUGGUACAACUUAAUCACACCAUUACACUCACUGCUGGUUCUGGUACUCUAAUGGAACAAAUGAAACACCAGGGAGCCGCUGUUCAUAGGAUUAUGGUGAGAAAUAACGGUAACCGUCGAGUUAACAACGUCACAAUGGAGAACCCUCAUGUUGUUUCGAUGUAUCUCCGUCGACAUGGUUCUCACGAAACACACACACCCAUGUGUUCUGUUCCAUCGUACACACUAGAUGACGCCAUGCUCGGUGGGAUGAUGUUUAUGGACGGAAUAGAACCACAUCAUGCCCACGAGUUUGAAGAAGACAAAGACAUGCCUAUCUCUGUCAACUUUGAUGAAGGCAUAUCUAUCUGUGGUGAUGCUGAAUUAGUUAUGAUGUUGGAUCCACUUGGUAUGAUGAAUGACAGCAACCCAUGUAAUAACUUUGCACGACUGUCAGUUUAUGUUGACUGUAGCCAUUUGAUGGCCAAAGACUUCUGUAUGGUAGUUUCAAAUACAAUGAAAUCUGGAUGGGAGGCUAAUAUGAUAUUUCAAGAUAAACACAGUCAUGAAAUCAAGAUGUACCACUAUCAGGCAAUGGACAGCUAUUGGCAAGGUAGACAUGCCCAUAACCAUGACAACCACAUCGAGCAGGUAGGAUUGGCAAAAUAUGCCUUAUUGAAGAAGAAGUUGUCAUGGUUGUACAUGAAGCAUAAUCACGGAAACUUUCCAUGUAAAACAGUUAUUCCAAUGAUGAAAAGACGAAUGAAGAUGGACAGAAUUACGGACUUUUCAGAUUAUACAUUAGAUUCCACAAGAAUGAAUAAAAUGCAAAACUUGAAAACGAGGCUUAUGAACAUGAAUGCCAUGGCAAAUAAUGACGACCUGCGAUACGAAAUUGAAAUGUUUGGAAACGAUACUUUGGGGAUUUCUAAUGAUGUAAUGAGAAGUCAAGUCCAAGGAAUGGCAAUGGGAAUGCAAAUAGCAAUGGGGCUUAAGUAUGGGAUAGGAUUAGCUCAAAUGUAUGGACAGCCAAUACCUCAUAACAUGACUAGAACUAUCUUGGGACCUGCAUUGGAAGGAAUGGGGAAAAUCAUACGGGAAACAAUGGGUCAAACUCAAAUGAUGAAAGAAUAUAUGAUGUCUACAUUAGUUUAUCAUGCUGCUUCUACUUUAAUGAUGAUUCACACAGGUUUAUUCCAUCUACCGAUGGAAGUUGGAGAAAACUUGGAAAAUAUGCUCUAUAACAUUAUGGAUUUCCCAGAAACCAUACUUAACGAUACCACAGAAGAUUGUAACCAUUCGCAUGCCGAACGGACAGCAAUGCAUCUGUGGUAUCUCAGUUUGGGGCAUGAUAGGGAAGAGUGGUCAUACGUGGACCAAUCAAUCUGUAACGACCUAAUGAUUCCGUCCUAUGUGGCACAUGGUGGAGCAAUGGUCUUUGCCAAAGAUAUUUAUGAUGCAGUAGCAGGAGACGGAGAAAUGCCAAAAAUGUGUCGCCCACAUCUUUACAUGCCUGAGGAUAAGCCUCCUGUAAUAUGGAAGGUUAAGGAUGGGAGAGUGAUGAUGGGUAUAUACUCUCCCCUUGGCGACGUGGUUACCUGGAAAGCGACAGCAGUUUGUCGUUGUGAUGGUUGUCCAACAGACCCAAAUGCAAUGCAUACUACGUCCUACUACAACGGACAUGAAAUGACAACGAAUUAUGGUGGCUAGCUUGUACCAUGUACUGCUUCGAAUUAACUCUCUGUUGUUCCGUCAACUUCAAUAUGAGAUAGCCAUAGGCUUUUAAAAGAAAACAGGAAGCUACAGUCUCGUCAAUCAUAAAUGCAAUUAUAUAAUCUUAGAUGUUUUUGGUUACACAUAUAAUUCUUCUCACAAAACAUUAGUAGACCAACAAUUGAUUCUCUCAAGGAAAUAUUCAACGACUAUAUUCUUUGUUUUCGUGCUUUUAUUUCGUUUCUAGUUUUAUGUCAUGGUAUUUUAAGUUUUUCUUCGACCUAUGCUUUUUAUUGCUUCUUUUGUUAUCCUGUCUCUUUUUAUAUUUUUGUAUUGUUUAUCUAAUUUAAUCAACAUUUGAUAUUUUGUAAGGUUUCAAAACAAUGAAAUCAUCAAAGUGCAUGCUCUCUGAUAUUGUAAGAAGAGACAUUAUUCGUCAACUUGAAUGGACAUCUGUUGCAGAAAUAUAUACCGUAAAUGUUAUAUAUGCCAAUUAUAGUCUUUUGCUGUUUACACAUAUGACUAGUCGUUUAAUAUUUACCAUCUGCUGUCAGUAUUUAACGCCUUUAAUUUUCAACAUUUGUACUGGUCGGGAUCAGUUUUUUUUAUCAGUGAACUGAGUGUUCCACUUUGGAUCAAAUAACUCACAUAAGAAAAGACUAUAAUUGGAAUCAAUUCUUUAAUUUGCUAAACUAAAGGGAAAUUCAGUUGUAAUAAUUGUCAACAUUUGAAAUAUAAUUAUUAUUUAUAUUGAGUACCAACAUUACUUAGAAACAUUUUGCAAAUUUUAGUUUAUGAUAAUAUCUUUUCUUGGUGAAUAUUUGUAUUUUAUUUCUUAAACUUUACCUAAUGACUUUUUAUAUUUUGUACAUUAUGUGCAUUUCAAAUAUGUUACAAAGAGUCACGAAAGACAUUUUUAAAAUAAUUGUUUACAUGACGUCCAGUAAACAAUCAAAUAGCAUCAAUUUUAUUCUUUUUGAGACACUGAAUUUAUACUUUUCUUCCGAUCUUUAAUAUAACAAACUAUUAUCUAACAGUUACCUCUCUUUUCCUUGUGCGAUGAAAGUUAAUAAUUUCCGGUGAAGCGUUUAAUCACUUUUGCCUCCUACUUUUUAUAAAGUGGUGUAUGAAUUAUAAACAUGCAGUAGUUUAUCCAGUAGACUCAUGACAAAUAACUUCUUUUAAUAAAUCAUUUACAUUUAUGAAGAGUGAUACUGAUUUACAUUUAUAGACAUACGGUGUAUUAUUUAUGAGUAUUUGUAUGAAAUUGACAAAUAAAAUGACGAAUGUCUUUUGUGAUCCUAGUGCGA